AAAAGAUCUUCCCCCCAAUUUUUGUGGGAAAGUUGGGCCCCCCCUUUUCGAAAGAAACAACGACAAUCCAACGACUGUAGUCUACACUGUACUGUACCAUCUCACACCAUCAACCAUGGGCAACACCGGUCUCGAGCAAUGUGGCUUUGUGCUCAGCUUUUUAAUCUUCCCCAUUGGAUUCUUCUACAUCUUGAGCCAAGUCAUUCCACCCGACAACUCGUUGGGAAUAGUAGGUUUGCCGCCGGUUCUGGUGCCUUCCAAGGAGACAGUUUUGGAUGCCUCGACGACGGCAUAUUGCCUCUUUGUCGCCGUGCCACUGCUAUAUGCGCUCUGCAAUCGACUCACCAAUCCUCGAUUAGAUUCCACCUCUAAUCUGUACGACGAAUGGACCCGAGAACCAGCUAACACGUCACUGAGCAAGCAGAGUGGGCCACCGUUGCCCAAGGAGCAUGUUCCGGAAAUAUGUGACUUCCCCGUUGCCCUUGUAAAUCAGAAAAUGGGAGCAAGAGUUGUCAAAACAACCAAGAAUGAAUGAUGGAACAUAUGGCCAGAUAGUUCUUCCUUGGAGCCCUUGUCCUUGAGGUGCCACCGAUUUUAUUGAGAGCUCACUGUUCGAACUUGGGCUUUCCUGGCCGACCAGAGCCGCUUGGCAUUGAGUUCGACAGAACCAGCUGCAGUUGAGUCUCGUCCUCCUGCUGUACUGAUUAUUACACCGAUAGAGAUGACCAGUCACCACACGCGGCACCGUAGUCAGCGGCACACUCUACCUGGUACAUUGUGAGAGCAUGAGAUGGUUGCAGCAGAGAGAGAGCAUUUGGUAGGAAGGAACCACCGGCCAGUCAGUCAAUUUGGACAUUUGAAGGUGGCGUGGGUCACGUUGCAACACCGCUUUUAAAAAUAUAAGCAAGGGUCAACACUUG